AUGAGGCAUCUAGUCACAGCAUCCCUGUUGCUCCUGGCGGCCGUAGGAGGGCGAGUGGGCGUGCGUGGGCGUCCUCAAGACAUGAGCGCGGAGGACACCCACAAGAGAUACGUCUUGGCAGAACCACCGAGGCGAGAGGCUGAACAGAGGAACUUCAGCUUCUGGGGGAGAGGCGCGAGUGGUGGGGGUUCUGCAGAGCGCCGACCGAACCUCCCGUGGCAGACGUCGCCGAGAAGUAUUCGUGAGACUGUAGGAUUCUCUGAGCAGGAAUUCGGAAGUCGUCUUCCACCUCCUUCUUCUUCCCCUUCUUCAGCACGACAUAAAUCCUCAGGCACUAAUGAUGACUUGCGCAUCCCUUCUAGUAAUAAAAAGCCACCUAGAGAACCAGCGACCGAGACCCCAGACGAUCGGACCGGGGACCGCCUCCCUCCCCCGAGGACGCCGCAGACCAGAAACAAAAACAAAAGCAAAAAUAAGCAAAGUCAAUUAUCCGAGAGUGAACAGAGCAACGAGGAACGCAAGACCACGAGGCGACUUGGACUCUUAAACACAGACUCAAAGACAGCCACAGACAACGAGACGGCCACGAGUGACGCCAACCCUUCCGAGUACUUCGCGGAUCUCGAAUACCAAGAAUCCGACCUCUUCUACGACUACCUCUAUUCCGAGUACCUGGACGAAGGCGUCGACACAGACACCACAGUCCCCCGUAGAGUCCAGACAGGUCCUCAGGACUCCAAGGACGCGGACAGAGGAAGACGCCAAGACGGGGCAGACGGGGAGGUAGACCUUAAGACAGACAACAGGACCCCGUCUCACAAGCGGCCCCCUCCGCAGCGGCACAACCUGCGCGUGCACUCCUUCCAGAGCACCUUCCCCUUCGAGUCGGAGGUGCGCGGCGAGGGCUACCACUCCACCAUCCGCUUCGACCCCUUCGGCAGCUCCCUCCCCCCGCAGAGCAGCCACUACCCGAAGAGCCAGACGUACGGCAACUGGGGCACCACGCGGCGUCCGAGGCCCGUGGCGUCGGCGGAGAUCCCAGGGCCUCUCCCGAGCCCUGUCUCCGCGGCCUUCGCCAGCGCCGAAGUCUACAGCAGCGGCGAGAAGCUGGGUCGCCUGCCGCUGGCGCCGACGGAGUUCCCGAGGCCCUUCCCCGACCCGUCGAUCCGGGCGUCGGUUCCGGACUCCGGGUUCCCGAGGCCGCCGCCCGCCCGCCCUUUCCUCAACCCGGGGAACCUAGCGGGGCUCCUGGAGGGGGACAGCCUGGGGGAUGCCAUAACCCCGGUGUCCGCCCCGGCCGAUCUCACCACCGACGCCACGCCCCUGUCCCCGUCCGCGUCCAGGGAGGUCGCCUCGGGCCGCCCCUCGCCCGAAGACGUCGACAUCGACUACCCGAGCGUCGCCAACGUGUUCGCCGACCGCCCCAGCCAGCCGCGUUCGGGCGAGCAAGUGGCCGCGAGCGAAGCCAACAGCGAACCCCGACUCGAAGCCUCGGAUCGCAACGAAGCCGACCACAACUCGUCGGCCGGAAUUGUACCCGAAGCGUCGGUCGAGGUUGCCGUUUCGACCGCGCGCCCGCCUCCUGCCGUCGCUGAAGACCAGGGACAGGACCCCGCCCCAUCCCAGGAGUCCUUCGCAGGUGAUUCUGCCCCUCCUGCAGGCUCCAAGGGCGAAGCAGCACAUGACUACGAUCCCGAAUACUAUGAUAACUUGUACGACGAAUUCAUGGACAUGUACUACGACCAGACGGGGGCUGACGGAGGCGAGGGGCCGAGCAGCCCUCCCUCUCCUCCUGACGACCACGAGGAACAGCCGAGUCGCAGUAUCCCGGCGACUACAGCUUCCUCAAGUACAAACCCACCUUCAACAACGACAACCACUACACCUACAACUACCACACCAACUGAGCCUCCCACUACAACCACCACAACUACGACAACACACUGUGGCGAGAAGCGGCGCUCCCAUCAGCCUCUCGGAGAUCCUUCAGGGCAUGGGCAUGAUCCUCCCUCAGUUCCUGGUGGCGCUGCAGGGCGAGGGGAUGUCCCUGAAGGAGUUCACGACGAGCCUCCAGGCCCGGGGACUCACGCAGAGGGAGUUCAGCGGCGUUAA